CAUUUCUUUUUUUUUUUUAAAUCGAUGGAAAUUUAAAUAAUGGCUUUAUAGCCUUAUUUUCUGGGCUUCAGUCACUCACUUCCUUCCUUUUCCUCUUUUCUUUUGCCUCUCUUCCUCCAUUGCAGCCCAUAAACAAUGAAGGAUUGGAAUGGCACAUAACUAAUCAUCUCUUCCCCUUUAUAGGAAACACCCAUCAUUGCCCCCAACCCAUCCCUUUCACAAUCUCACAAAGAAAGAAACCUGCCUGCACCUUAACCUUCUCCUUCUUCUUCUUCUUCUUCUUCUUCUUCUCUUAUGGUGUUUCCUCCUCCUUGCAGUUUAAAUAUCCCUUCCUCCUCCCUUCCCUUCUUCUCUCCCACCCAUUUGAGUUCCUCUCCUCCCCCUCUCUGCUCCUCACUUGGUAAUGGAAGCUUCCCCGGCGGCGUACUCGGUUAACGGCUUCUACUCGUUCCUCAGCAAAGGGAUCGAUGAUCUCGAGCUCUGCUUCCUGUCCAACAACUUCAUGUCCGUUCAGUUCCUGCAGAGGGCACUGUCCCUCCUCAGAUCCUUCCACUCCCACCUCACCCUUCUCGUCCAGAAGCUCCACCUGCCGGUCGGCGACAAGUGGCUCAACGAGUACAUGGACGAGAGCUCCAAGCUGUGGGAGGCUUGCCAUGUCCUCAAGUCCGGCGUCUCCGCGAUGGAGAGUUACUACUCCGCCGGCUUGAACCUGACUUCCCUCCUCGACGGCCAUCUCCACCUCAGCCCUCAGCUGUCCAGACAGGUGAUGGGGGCAAUAACAGGGUGCCGGAGAGAGGCGAUCGGGCUGGAGGAAGAGAACAGGGCACUCAUGGAAGUGAAGAUGCAGACGCUUAAUUCCCUCCGGUUCGACGAGACGGUCUCGAUCGAGUCGAAGCUGAACGGGUUCAACGGGUUCAGGGGAGUCCUGUAUGCGAUGCGGAACGUGAGCUCGCUCCUCCUGAUGAUCCUCCUGUACGGGCUGGUCUACUUCUGGCCGACCGCCGAGCUCAACCAGGCGGCGGCGAGGGAGAGGGACUACUACGAAGGGUGCCUGCUGUUCGGGUCGAGCUUCAUGGCUUCGGCGGCGAGGCUGAGGCAGAAGAUCGCGGCGGAGGUGGGGCAGAUCAGGGGGAGGCCCGGGGUGCUGCUGUACGAGCUCAAGAGGUCGAGGGCGGCGAUGGAGGAGCUGAGGGCGGACCUGGAGGAGGAGGCGAUCAUGGGGUGGCCAAAGGGUGGAGGAGGAGGAGGAGGGGAGAAGGAAGGGAAGAUCAGGGAGAGGGUGGAGUCCCUCAAGGCCUGCUUUGGGACUCUCAGGAAUGGAGCUGAGAGCAUCACUCUCCAGAUUGAUGACUUCUUUGAUGAGAUUGUUGAAGGCAGGAAGAAGCUCUUGGACUUCUGCAGCUACAGAUAAUUAAAAUAAAUAAAUAAAUUUUUAUUUUAAAAAAUCAUUACUAUAUAUACUUACAGAUUAUUACUAUAUUAAUUAAUAGAGAUUUUUUUCUUUUUUUCCGAUUAUAAGAGAGUGACGAGUUAUUAUUGAUAGAAGAAAUAUUCAUGGGAUCAAAACCAAGCAUAAGGUAGAAGACAGAGAGGGAGGGUCAGUUGUUGAGGGUCGGGAAGAUGGUGAUAUGGUUGGAUGGAUGUUCACUACAACUUGGAAUUUUGAAUGCCUUCUUUUCUUGCA